AUGUACGAUCCCUCAAAUCCAUACGAGUCUGAUACUCAGCAUACCAAUGUGAGAGAACUCGAGGUUAUUCAAACCGAAGAACUCAUAUCAGAUCCGAUUGACGAGGAAGAGAAGGAAUUUCGUCUUCCACGCGGACACGUUCCAACCGGAUAUGUGGAUGCUUCGAGCAUAAAGCAAGCGAGCAUGGAUGUGCAUCUACCAGAAAGUAACAUUGGUUAUCAAUUGUUACUAAAAAUGGGUUGGAAGGUUGGAGCAGGGCUUGGUGUUUCGCAGCAAGGCAGAAAGGACCCAAUCCGCAUUGAAAUCAAAGCAGACAGUUUGGGAGUCGGUAAACAAGAGGAGGAAGAUUAUUAUCACAUUACCUCUACUUCCAGGCGCAAGGCGUUGGAUAGCGAAAAGUUUGCUGAAGAAACUGAGGAAGAGCGCAAGAGACGAGAGGAUAAGGUUCAAAAGCAAGAGACGCUCAAAAAAGAACUGAAUACAAUAAAAGCAGCCUUCUAUUGCGCAUUAUGUGAUAAGCAAUACAACAGGAUAUCUGAGUACGAAGUGCAUCUGAGUUCUUAUGAUCACAAUCACCGUAAGCGUUUCAAGGAGAUGAAAGAAAUCAACCCACGAAUGCAGAAAGCGGCAUUGGAGAAAGCGGGAAUUCAAACAAGUAGUGGUGAAUCUGAAAAGUCUUCUGUAGAAAUGAAGAGCGCGCAGAAUGAUGAAAUAUCAAGAAAUAAGGGUGGGUGGACUACGACAGAAACAAGCGUUAAAUCUGGUAUUACCAAGGGCGGAUGGACUACGGCUACAGCCUUUGAGUCUGAUAGCAAGCAAGGAUGGACGGCUGUAAAUGCUACAGAUUCCGAUAUAAAGGGCGGGUGGACGACUGCCAACUCCAAUUCAGUCGCAUCUGGCCCACCCGCCAAGGAACGACUUGAGAACCAAUCCAACGCACCAUCCACUCAACCGGUUUCAGAUUCGGGUUCCAGAUUGACUUUUGGAAUUAACAGAGCGUCAACGACCAAUUCGUCUGCAGAGCAAAGCGAGAGACCCACUUUAAAAUUUGGCUUACAAAGACGAAGAUAG